CGCAAAUCUCGGUUUAUAAUCGCCGAUCUGAUACUAACCGGAAAACCUUAACCUAACCCUAGUUUUAAUGGCAACGGAAGAACCAGCAGCGGCGUCGGCGGCGGAAGCAACCGCAAAGGUUACUAAGAAAGCGAAAAAAUCAUCGUCAGCUCCAAAGAAAAGGAAUCCGCCAUUGCAUCCACCUUACUUUGAGAUGAUUAAGGACGCCAUUGUUACGUUAAAGGAGAGGACCGGCUCGAGUUCGCCGGCAAUCGCGAAGUUUAUCGAGAAUAAACACAAGAAUCUUCCGGCGAAUUACAAGACAUUGUUAUCGAACCAAUUGAAGAAAUCGGUCGCCGACGGUAAGCUGGUUAAGGUCAAGGCUUCUUACAAGCUGCCGUCGAAGAAAAGCUUAGCAACAGCCGAUUCAUCUACUACGGCGAAGAAACCGGCUGCAAAGCCUAAGGCUAAAACAGCUGCGAAGAAGCCUGCUGCAAAACCGAAGACCGCCGCGAAGAAAUCACCGGCUAAGAAAAAGGCCGUCGCUGCGGCUCCAAAGUCUAAAGCUCCAGCAAAACCAAAAGCGAAAGCUCCGGCUGCUAAGCCUAAAGCCGCCGCGGCUCCAAAAGCUAAGCCAGCUGCUAAGCCUAAAGCUGUAGUGGCGGCGAAGUCUAAACCAGCUGCUAAACCUAAAGCAGCGGUGAAACCGAAGACGAAGGCUCCAACUAAACCAGCGGCUAAGUCUGCUAGGACGUCGACUAGAUCGACUCCCGGAAGAACCGCGGCAGCUCCCAAACCGGCGGUGAAGAAGUCGCCGGCGAAGAAGACGACGGCACCAAAAAAAGCGGCGGCGGCGGCGAAGAAAGGGAAGAAAUGAUUAAUUAGAAUUUGGUAUUGUUUUGUACUGUAAAUUUUUUCGAAUGAUCGUCGGUGGGUGUAACUUGAUUCUUUGUUAGAUGAACCCAAAAAAGGCU